AUGUUUCUCGACGCCCUCGUGACGGCGCGCGCCGACUUUGAGGCAGAAUUAGAGCGCCACGAGAAGUCGCUGGAGUCCGCCGAGGAGGAAGUCAAGCGCGACGAGCACGCGGCGCGGCGCGACGUGGCCCUCGCCGUCUCCGCGGCCGUCGGCGGCUUCGCGUCGGCCGCCGCGCCGCCGCUGCCGCCGGGCCCGCGCGACGACGACGCGCCCAUCACCUUGCCGGACGCGAAGCCGGCGGUCGUGCUCGCGCGCGCGGCGCUGCAGCUCGCCGAGGCGCGACUCGACGAGCCCCGGACCGGCAUCAUUAGGGUUGGAUAUUUGCGGCGCGUGGCGCGGCGGAAGAAGCCGCCGUAUCGCUUCCACCGCAUUGAAAUUAGGAGAAGACCCGGCGCCGUCGCCGUGCUCGCCUCGGCGCCGUCGACGGCCGACGGCAAGGAACGCACCGUUCAGUUGUUGCGAGGCCGCUGCGUGAUCGCCGUCGCCCAGGUCGGGAAAAGAGGCGAGGCGUUUUCGGUCUCGAAGGACGGCGAGCGGACGGUCUGGUUGUGCGCUUCCACGAGAGAGCGCGAUGAUUGGUUGAGGUGCCUCCAGGCGUCUUUAGAUGAUGAGCCGGCGCCGAUCAGCAACGACGACGCUUCAGCCAUGUUCGACGCCGCGGCCGCGCGGGCGGCUCGCGCGACGGAUCGCGAGACGUACGUCGACGCUUUGAGAAGUGUAGCCUCUCUGGGACCUUCCGUGCAGAUCCACACGAAGCGCGACGCGUUUCCCGCGGCGUGUGCGUCCUUCGUCGCAGAUGUAAGGCGUGUCAAACAGGACGACGAUUUAGGAACCGAGGAGCCUUUUGAGCGGCGCUUCGAGCAGAUGCGCAAGGACAUGCGGAGGGACCGCGUCGCGGUGGACGGCGAGGUCUGUCGGUCGUCGAACGUCGACGCGCCGGAGACGAUCGCCGCUGCUUUAGCUGCGAGAAUCCUCGAGGAAUCAAGACGCUUGACCAAGGGUCCCCUCGCGGAGCUCACCGAGAGUGGUGCCCUCACGCACGCCGCCCAUAUACUGGUAGAGUGCACUAGGACUGUCUCGGGCGGCGACGCCUACGCGUGCGUGCGACGAUUGUGCGCGCCACCAGGAGUCGACCACGUCGUCGUGUGUCCCUUGAACGCGCGCGCGUCGCCGUUGGACGUCCGCGUGCGCCUCACGAAGGGCGUGGUGCAGGAACCGGUCCCGCCGCCGCCGCCACCACCCACUCGGUCGCCACCUGCUUUGUUAUUCGCGCACAAGCUCUUCUCGUCCUUAACGUCGCCGAGCGGCGAGGCCUCUUCCCAGAAUUUCGCCGACCGGCCGUCGUCGCCGUCGUCGUCGCCGCCGAGCGGCCGCGCUUCCACAACAGACGUGCCGCGCGACGACUCGUCGAGUUCCGACGACGAGGACCUCGCGGUGAAGCCGCGGCGGCGCGCGGGCCGCGCCCGCGUCGACGUCGCCGUGCGCGCGACCACUCUCUACCGCGUCUGCACGACGGACCCGCGCGACGCGCGCGACGAUACGUGGGCGCUGGUGCGCGCGGUCUGGGACCGGACCUUCUCGGUGCUCGGCCCGCCCGCCGGCGGCACGCCCCGCGCGGGCGACGCGGUGGUGCACAUCGGCGUGUCGGACUUCCUGUACUGGGAGCCGCCGGAGGACCCUUAGUAACUUGGAUUUGUGUG